AUGAACCCCACAACCCUUCUACGCUUUUCCCGGCUGUCACUUUCUCCCUUAUCCACCCCACUAGCUCUAGCAGCAUGUCUGAGCAACAGGUUACCGCAACACCUUAGUCAGCCACGGCUUCGUGCACCUCUCACCAAUGAUGCCACAGACCAGCCUUUAUCAUCUAUCGAUAGCUCUCCUGCAGCCCCAGAGAUAUUAGGCCCUCACUCAAUAUCGUGGGCCAAUGUCAGCUUGUCUGGCAGAACCCCAAAGAUGAAGCCCAGAAUUGGCACAGUCAUUGGCGCUGGAAAAAUGGAUAAAGUCGUUCGGGUUCAAUACAUCAUCCAAGUCAUGGACAACCAUCUCGGCAAGCCAUUUGACAAGAAAAUGGUGGUUCGUGUGGCCGAUCCCCGUAACUCCCUCCGCGAAGGGGACCUGAUCAAGUUUAUCCCCGGCUAUCGAACGAGCAAAAAUGUGCAUCACGUGGUAGAUCGGAUCGUGGCACCUUUUGGAGAGGAUAUUUCACAACGACCACCACUCAUGACGCCGCUAGAGAGGGCUCAGUCCAGAAUACCAAAGCGGAAUAAGGGAAAAACAGAAUUGAAAAUCGGGAAGGUGAAGGCAAGAGUGCUGAAGAGGCUCUUAGCUGAAGGUCUGGCUUCAGAUAAAGAGCUUAAAUCUGGUGAAUUCAAAGGACCUUUGACUGUCGAGGCUCAACAAGUCCAUGCUCAUUUUGAAGAGUUGUACGCGAGGCGAUCAAGGCCCAAGCCAGGGGAGUUAUAA